CAAAGGAAAGAAGACUGAACAAGUGAAGAGAAAUACCGCCUGGAAGGGAAUGUGCGUGGGGACCAGGAGUGCUGUACUUGGCCCUCGGCUGCUGUGCCCUCGGCUGCUGUGGCUUCCCCAAAGGUAGCAGCCCCCCUUGUUGUAGAAAAAGCUCCACAAAAUGAAAUUGUGCUCUUUCUUGAUCACACACAGGCAGACCUCGAUGUCUUGCGCUUCACAGAUACUACGUUUUCAUCAGCACCGAGGCGAGACCCUCCUGCAGCGCACAGAGGACGGCUCGCUGAAGGCUCAGACGGCGGUGAGCGUCACUUAGGCACAAGUUUCUCGGAGACGGUCAUAGCGAUGCAGGGAGCACUGGACUUGCGGGCAGACUGACCCGGGCUCUAGCAGGCGGUAGUCUGGCACCGGCUUCAUCCCUCGGGCUGUGCAGGUCACCCCACCGGGCAGAACGACACCUGUAAUAAUCUCCGGAGUGCUUACUGUGUCCUAGGCCACGUGCCAAGGCUGUGAAGUGCAUCAUCUCACUCUCACGUGACAGUAACCACACGAGGAUCCAGGCCUUGGCCAAUCACAGGGGGCCAGGUCGUCAUGGUGACGGGCACGCUAACACAGCCUGCAUGCAGGGAGGCCAGCUCAGGGCUCACGGAGACAGGAGACAGGAGGAUGGCGCAGAACUUGUAUGGUCCCGGAGUCAGGAUGGGCAACUGGAACGAGGAUGUCUACCUGGAGGAGGAGCUCAUGAAAGACUUCUUAGAGAAGAGGGAUAAGGGAGAGCUCCUCAUACAGAGAAACAGAAGACUAAAAGAGAAGCUUCUGAGACCGAUGCAGCUUUCCAUAUCUGAAGAUGGAUACGUUCACAGCGGCGACAAAGUGAUGCUUAUGAACCUGGACCACCCUGAGACAGAAGCCGAUCUGUUUCUCCGAGGGGACCUGAGCCUGUGUUUGACUCCAGAUGAGAUUAGAGCCUACCUGACUGACGAAUUUGAGGUGCCCUGUGGCCUGAGUGCAGCGCCAACCAAGAUCCCGGUGGGCAGAAACACUUUUAUCAUUUUGAGUGCAGAUGGAGAGGCCUCGGGCCAGGUCCUUAGAUAUGGGCAGAGCUUCCGCCUCGGGAUGACAGAGGGAUCUGAAGACAAGAUGUUAUAUUUAUCAAGUGACCACAGGACCCUACUGAGGUCGUCUAAGAGGUCGUGGCUCCAGGAAGUGUACCUGACGGAUGAGGUCUCCUACCUGAACUGCUGGCAGGCUGCCUUCCCGGACCCCCAGCUCCGCCUGGAAUACGAAGGCUUCCCCAUUCUGGCAAAUGCAAGAGUUCUCAUCAGCCACUGCCACACGGGUCGGGGGCUGGCGGUCCACCGGCAUCUCCUCUUAAGGACCUGCUUUGGGAAGGAAGCAGAGGUCGCUGCUCACACCUACCUGGACUCAUACCGAGUGGAGAGGCCCCGGAACCACUGGGUGCUGGUGACUGGCAGCCCCAGGAAGGCCUCGCCCACCAUGUUGGACCUGCCCAAACCGCCGGCGGAGGACACCUGCGCCCUGGAGCAGGCGGCUCACCUGGGGGCCCAGUGACACGCCAGGUGCACAGGGAGAGCCUGGGCAGGUGAGGGCGCUGGCCCAGCACUGCGGCCGGAAUCCGCACGCCCUCUGUCACGGCUCGUGUCGCUCUGCUCACUUCUCUGUCUGUGGCGCGUGGCUGUCAGCUCCCGCGGGCGGGGACACGCAGAGCAGCAGCCCUGUGUUGGAGCGUCACCCGCCUGGCCUUCCCUAUGGAGUGCUUGCUCGUGCCAGUCGCUUACUGUUCCAAGCACGUUUUCAUGUACUAACCAGUUGAAUCCUCACGUCUGACCCAUGGGACGGGUCCCGUGAGUCUCUGAAUUUGGCAGGAGGGGAAACUGAGACAGGAAGAGGAACUUCCUGGGCGUGGACCCGCUCGGCCAGGCAGCCAGGAGACCUGGAUCUGGGGCUGGAGCCUUUAGCCGCCCAGUGGUGCUGUCUGCACGGCAGAGGUUUUCCGUGCAUCUUGCUGGAUUGGAUGGAAUCAGGAAGACUGCAAGCGAGGGACGCUGCAGUGCAUGAUGGGAGUGGCCAUAGGUGUGCAUGCACGUUCUCCGUCACAGCUGUGGCUGUUCCAUCCCAGGGGACAGGAGCCAAGCCUCAGGGCGCGUCUGGAUGAGCAGAGGGAGGCACCGGGGAAGCCCUCAGCUCAGGAGCUGUCCAGUCCCGGGCAGCAGGGAGCAGGAGUGGGAGCUGCCACGUGUCCACGCAGGACCACAGGCUGCCUCGGCACACUCGGACACUCCGUCACCUGCCACACCCCGCAAGCCCGGGCGGACAGACGGAUGGAUGGACGGUGCGUGGGGCUCGUCCUAGGUACCAACUCUGGACAAGCAGAAGCUCUGGAGCCCUGUGCGAGCAGAUUUGGGGACACGUCCAACCUCAGUGGACAGAGCACAGACAUGCCCCCAUGUGUCCAGGAGGGGGUGUGGGCCAUGGUUAGCCACCCAGGCCCCAGGCCUUCCCUUCCUGAUACCCAGAUCCCCGCAGCUCCCCAGGCCGCCCAGGGCGGCCAGGCUGCCCAGCUGUGGGCUCUGCCUGGGGAGCCGAGCGUAACAGGUGGGCCCACCCGGCUGCACCCUGUGAUCCUGGCACCGUGUGCUCUGUGCUCUAACUCACCGUGUGCAAGUCACACUGGUACACCCCCCGCCCUCCUCCCCACUGAGUGGAGAUGUGACUCCCGUGGCCGUCCCCAGCAGCUGGGCAGAGGCCCCACCCUCCGUCGCUCCCGCACUGUCUCUGUGCCGUGUUAUUGUUGGCUGAUGGGAACCGGCUGAACGUGUGCCAAACAUCUGCUCACGUCUCCUGGACGUGCUCCCACACAGACGGGCAGGAAGCAGCACCACCCUUGAACUGAAGUGCCAGGGCCUGUGAGUUGCCAUCCCAGGACACUGCCUGGCUCGCCAGGGCACUGCUGGCAUCGCUGGACUGGGACCUGGUCACUGGGGGGCUGGGAGCUGGGGGAGUCUCUUGGUUCUACAUCCUCUCCUCUUCAUGGAAGGGACAUCGCAGAGGCGAUGCUGAGAUGGAAGGAAGGGGACACAUUAGAGUGCCCUCUGUGCCGGGGAGGAAGAGGCUCUGCUCCCGGGAUGGACACGGGAAGGAGGUAUCCCGUCUGGGUCCCCCGGAAAUAGACCUGAGACAAAGGUUGAGUGCUGUUUAUUUGACGUGAUGUGGAACAGGAGAGGAAGGCCUUGUAAAAGGCGCUUUGUCAAGCAAGUGGUGUGGGGACAACCGGGGUCCCGCCCACUGAGAACCCGAAGGACAGGAUGAGUGUCAGUCUCCUCACCUGGGGGCUGGUCAUGCGGGGACAUCUCGUCUUCACCUCCCAUCUGCUCAAGGACACCAGCUCCUGGCUUUUCUGGCCUGUCGCAUGGAGUGGGUGGGGUGAAAGCCCUCAGGUGAGGGUCCCAGGUGAUCGCAGCCACACAGGGGACAUGGGCAGGACACAGUCCCGGCUGCAAGGGCAAAGGAAGGUCAGAGACAAGGGCUGUCGGCCAGCCUCUCCUCUCCUCCCCCCUUCAGCUGCCCACCUCUUUGCUCUCUGUCCUCUCCUGCCCAGAUAUGGCACUUGGGACGUGGGAGGGCCUUCCUAGGUGUGCGUGGCAGUACCCGGCGCACCUGGACCGGUGGCUGUGAGGGGUGGCCAGCUCCCCCGCACACGUGCCGUGGAUGCUGACGACGGGGGUCUGGCUGGAGCGAGAGGGCCCUG